AUGAACUUCUCUCAUUAUGAUUUAUGGCGUUACUAUUUGCUUUCUAAUCUGAUGAUUACUCGAAAAUUAUUUUCUCUACAUUUCUGUGGCCUUUUCGUUAUACAUUAUACAUUUACACAGGACACAGUUCUAUUCAAUGAUACAAUUUAUUAUAAUAUUCAUUAUGGACGUCAAUCAGCUAGUGAAUCAGAUAUUGAAGAGGUUGCAGUUGCUGCUGACAUUCAUCGAUGUAUUUUAGACUUUCCAAAAGGCUAUGAAACAGUUGUCGGUGAACGUGGUUUAAAACUAAGCGGUGGAGAAAAACAACGUGUUGCUAUCGCGCGUAAUUUGUUGAAAAAUCCACCAAUUAUGAUUUUAGAUGAAGCUACAUCAGCAUUGGAUACUGCAACAGAACGUAAUAUUCAAGCUAGCUUAAAUCGUAUUGCACAGAAUCGGACAACUCUGAUAGUUGCUCAUCGUUUAUCCACUAUAACUCAUGCCAAUGAAAUACUUGUCUUGCAUGAAGGUGAAAUUAUUGAACGUGGAAAACACUCUGAACUAUUAGCAAAUCCUGACAGUCGUUAUGCCCAAUUAUGGCGUCAACAAAGUGAGGCGCAACAGUCAUCUUCACCAGUGAACAACAGCACUGAAAUAUCAAAUGAUGAUACAGCUAGCACAACACAUCACCCUGUUCGUGUCUAAUUAUUAUUUCGAUUGACUUUAGAUAGAAUUAUAAAUUUUUUUUAAUCUUUAGAAGGGGGUUACACUUCUUUUUUCUUUUCGUUUCAUUCAACAAAAAUGCCUUUUAUUUUAUUAAAUAUUAUUGUUGAGAUGUGUAUGUUUGUAAUGCUCUGUUAGUAGCGAUCUGAUCAUUUAUGUUGUAUAGUAUACAUUGAUCAUUCAGAUUGUAUUGACAUUGACUUCACCAUGUGUGUGUGUGUGUCAGUGUGCGUGUGUGCGUGCAUUGUAAAUACAUUAUUUUUGCCUAAUUCUUUGAGUACAACAUACACAUUGAUAUACAUUCACACAUACUAAUAAUAUAUGUGUACACUGUGUAGUAUCAAUACAUAGAUUUCGUCUAAUGUCAUCGAAUUUCACUUUAGUCUUGUCGUUUAUAAAUGCAAAACUAGUCAACUUAAACAGCGUGUCUGUGUGUGUGUGUGUGUGUGUGGUUUGAACUGAUGAAUACGCCUAUUUUAAAGCUUGUGUCAAUUCGACUGAUUACGUUCAUGUUGCUUGCUUCUUCUUCGAUCCUUCUUCUUCUUUGCCAACUUGUAAACGACAUGUUUUCAUCGUUGUCAUUGUUGAUAGUUUCUUUUUUUUUGUUAUUCGAAGAGAUAUUGUGUCAUUGAACUGCCAUGUUUUCUUG